AUGCACACUCGACUCUCUCUAAAUAUUCCCAAAAGGAAUAUUACAAAUUUCCUUUCCUUAAGAAGGCAACUAACCAACGCCAAUCAACAUAAGGUCAUUGAAGGAAUCACGGCAAAGAAAAAUUUGAAUGAACCAAUACAAAAUUCAAAAUCAAGACCUAAGAAAGUGAGUUCACGAAUUUUAGGUAUUGCCCAUUCGCCAAAAUUUGAAGAAACACAACCGAAACGACUUGGAUGGAUUGAACGAUUCAAAAACAUAUUUGAUGCCGAGAAAAAUCGUGAAAAUCGGGAAAAAUUAUUAAAAGAAUAUAAUACACCAUACUGGAAAGACUUUGAUGAAUUGAGAAAGGAGGGAGAAAAACUAUGGGAAGCUGAACCAGAGUUAGUCAGCGCCCAGAAAGCAUUGUACAUGCCAAACAUUAAGGCUCGUUCAUUAUCCAAGUCGACAAUUGACACGACAGACUUGUUGGAAGGUUACACUACCUUAGUUGCCAUAUUUUUUAAUCAAUUUGGAGAGAAUCAUACUCAAACUUUUAUAAAACCUUUCCUCGAUGAAUUCUCUGAUCACGAUAAGAUACAGCUCAUGAAGGUUAACAUUGAAGUAAAUUUCGCGAAAUCUCUUAUUCUGAAGCUCAUGACUCCAUAUCUUAAAAUUACAAUUCCCGCGCAUCUUCACAAAAACUAUAUCAUUCUAUUUCAUAAUGACCCUAACCUGCGCAAGGCUCUCAACAUAAAAAAUUCAUAUAGAGGAUAUGUGUUUUUGGUGGAUUCCAAUUGCAAAUUAAGGUGGUCCGCUCACGGGAAUGCCACGCCGAGAGAGGUGGAGACUAUGUCAAGAUUGGUUAAAAUAUUGGAUGAACAAAAUCAAUCGACGGUCAAAUAA